CGGCAUCGAGAGCGGCAACUGGACUUGCGGAAAACGCGCGCUGGGAGCUGCGCCUGCAGUCUUGUUUUCUGCAGCUUUUGGCUGUCGCUGAGGCGGCAUGGAUCUCAGCGAGCUGGAAAGGGACAAUACGGGCCGCUGUCGCCUGAGCUCUCCUGUACCUGCCGUGUGCCUCAAGGAGCCGUGCGUCCUGGGCGUGGAUGAAGCGGGCCGGGGCCCGGUGCUUGGACCCAUGGUCUAUGCCAUCUGUUACUGCCCGCUGUCCCGCCUGACAGAUCUUGAAGGCCUGAAAGUGGCAGAUUCAAAGACCUUGACAGAGAACGAGCGGGAGAGGCUCUUUGCGAAAAUGGAGGAGGAUGGAGACUUUGUGGGAUGGGCUUUGGACAUUCUGUCUCCAAACCUGAUCUCUACCAGCAUGCUUGGGCGGGUCAAGUACAACCUCAACUCCCUGUCCCAUGAUACAGCUGCGGGGCUGAUACAGUAUGCGCUGGAUCAGGGUGUGAAUGUCACCCAGGUAUUUGUGGACACUGUAGGAAUGCCAGAGACGUACCAGGCUCGGCUGCAACAACGCUUUCCAGGGAUAGAGGUGACAGUCAAGGCCAAAGCAGAUUCCCUGUUCCCUGUGGUCAGUGCUGCCAGCAUCUUUGCCAAGGUGGCUCGAGACCAGGCUGUGAAGAACUGGCAGUUUGUGGAGAGUUUGCAGGAUCUGGACUCUGACUAUGGCUCAGGCUAUCCCAAUGAUCCCAAGACGAAAGCCUGGUUGAGGAAACACGUGGACCCCGUCUUUGGCUUCCCCCAGUUUGUUCGGUUCAGCUGGAGCACAGCACAGGCCAUCCUGGAAAAGGAGGCAGAAAGUGUCACGUGGGAGGACUCGGCCGCUGAGGAAGAUCCUGAGCGACCAGGAAGGAUCACAUCCUACUUCCUCAGCCAGGGACCUCAGACCUGCCGCCCACAGCUCCCCCACAGAUACUUCCAGGAGCGAGGCCUGGAGGCAGCCAGCAGCCUCUAGGAGUGAAUGUGUGUACCUACCCCUAGGAAUGAAAGCUGUUCACAGAGAGUAAACGCUGUGCUUUGUGGCUGAGGUCUGGCAGGAGUAUGCCCGUGGCUGGCAGCUGACUCCUCAAACAGAAUAGGUGUUUCUAGGUUGGUACAGUUUGAUAAAUUUUUUUUUAAAGCAA